AUGGUGCAUGUGCGCGCGGUGCGUGGCUUGGCGCUCGCGGCGCUGGCCAUCGCGCUCGCCACAGAGACACAGGCCCUGACCGUCGACACGUCCCGCAACCUCUUGCUCGGCCUCGACGCGGGAGUGGACGUAGGAACCGUCACGAACGCAGCCACGGUCGCGCCCUCGGAUAACGCGGACACACCUGCGUCAGCGCCGUCGAGCGGUUCUUCCCCGUCGACGGCCGACUCACCCUCGACCGAUUCCACGCCGUCCGCAGCUGGCUCUCCAUCGACGGAUGCUACACCGUCGACUGCCGAGUCCCCGAGCUCGGGUAACUCGCUCCUGUCUCCCGUUACUAACAUUUUGACGCCAGCCACGGACGCCCCUACGGCUACGACAGCGCCGUCCACCCCGACAACUUCGGACGACUCGUCGACGCCGGCAACGGAUGCACCGUCGACCCCGGCCACGGAAGCUCCUUCGGUUCUGUCGCCUACCCCGUCUACCGCGACCCCGUCAACGGAGACGCCUGCUACGGACGAGCCAUCCAAGACGGACGAACCGAGCAAGACGAAGGAACCGGACACCUCGUCGGGCUCGUCCGAUGAGCCCACCGAGUCACCGGCCCCUGUGACGGCCUCGCCCGACGAGACUGAGUCUCCUGCUCCCGUGACGAAGACACCGACGGCUACCAAGUCGCCCAUUGCCAUCGAGACGAACUCGGGCAGUGAGGACGAACAGGACGCGUCGGAGAUGAAGGAUCAGACGCAGUCAGACGUCAUCAUGUACAACGCUUCUGCCACGCCGAUCACGGCCACGGCCAAGAGCGGUUCGUACGACCCGUUCGCCAUCCCGGACGACGAGACGGAGACGGAGAAGCCGGUUGUGCUGAACAUUGCCGGCGAUACGGGCAAAACCGGCUCGGAGGACAUGGUGACGUACGUCCGAGGGAAGACGGCCACGACGGGCAGUGCGGCUGCCAACAACGCCAACGUGAUAGGUGGACGGAACACGUACGUGGACACGGAGGACAGCGACGUGCUGUCUGCAUCUGCCGCGGCCUUCCACGAGUUCCUACGCUACGCAUCCGUGGCGUUCGCCGGUAUCUCUGUGGCUCUGUUGCUUUUCUUCCACUUCGUCUCCUUGGAUGCCAACCUGCUGUGGGUCAACGCUGCGUGGAGUCCCAAUACGUGGGAGUUCCUCUUCUACGUUGGCUACUUGCAGCAGAUGCAGGCCACGUCGGAGCUCACACUACUCAAGACACCGUACUUCUUGUGGGACUACACAGACUCGUUCGCCUGGAGUAACUUCUUGAUCCAAGACACUACUUCAAGCGACACUGGAGCUCGUCGUCUCGACACGAUCGUACUGGGUGGACUGGUAUCGUACGCCGACCGUAUCGGCAUCUCUGAGGAGAGUAUCCUGAACCAAGGUGCCACUGGUUUUGCCGUGAUCAUGGGAAUCCUUCUGGUUAUCUUCCUGGUGCUGGCGAUGCUCGCUAAGCGCAAGGCUGAACGCGCACUGGACGAGUCGUCCGACCUGAACAGCUACACGUCCGGCGUGCACCGGCUCCGUAGCGUGUCCAUCCGUGCGCUCGGCCUGUGCGUACUGGUCUGGUACUUCGCACUGUUCCCGUUGAGUUUGCUAGCGUCGUUCGAGAUCUCCAUGGAGGUACAGUCGUCGACCGUCGCGGACUCCCUUGUGGUCGCUAUCAUCGCCCUGGUCCUGGUCUGUUUCGGUGUAUUGGCCGUCGCGGGCCGUGUGAUCAUGCACAAAACCAAGGACGAGCUGGAACAGUUCGAGAACCUGGCCACGUGGGGAUCUCUGUACUGCGAGUACACGUACCGUAGCCGCAUGUUCUUCGUGAUUGACGUCGUGGUACAGAUCACGACUGGUAUCCUGGUCGGCUGCGUGUCGGGCGACCCGACGCAACUCAUUGUGGUCAUGGGCAUCCAGGCGCUGUACCUCGCGUGCGUGUUCAUCAUGUCGCCGUUCGCAGACCAAAUGGUGCUUCGCAUCACGUACGUGCUGGGUCUUCUCAAGAUCCUGAACUUCGGACUGGCGUUCGCCUUCCUCAACUCCAACACCAUGUCGGCCACGGCCCGUACCCGCGUGGCUCAGGCGUACAUCGGCAUCAACUCGAUCGUGAUUCUGGUCUGGUUCGUACGCCAGCUCAUCGUCUUCAGCACGUACAUCCGCGCGUGGAUGGUGCGUUCGAACGACGACUCCCGUCGCAGCGACUCGGUCAUCAAGUACGACCCGCAGACGGACACGGAGUCGGAGCUGUGGGCCAGCCAGUUCACUGCCAACGGCAUGAACAACAGCCGACUCAACAACAGCAGACUUGGCCAGUCUUCGAACGGCGCCACGUUGUCGCUGCCGGUGGGUUCGUCGAUGCAGUCGAUGCAGCCGUCGUACCAGAGCUCCACCACGUCGUACGGCCAGGCGUCGUCACAGCAGUCGAUGGCGCCGUCGUUCGGCUCGGACGUGCAGUAUCAGCAACAAUUGGCUCGCAAAUACGAGAUCGGCUUCUAA